AUGGAGGGCACUAAUCCCGGAAAAUCCCGGCUCUUGAGCAAACCUUUUGUUGGGAAGCCCAUAGCAGCCACAAAGGCCCUGAGUCAGCAAGAUCUUCUUGAAAUGGUUUUGCGGCUCAGGUUGUGCCGCGCCGCCUCCUGCGAGAGACGCCGGGCCCUGGGCCCGACCAGCAACUCCGGCGGGGCCGGCGCCGGCGCGGCCGGGACCCCCCCCGGCGCCCGCCGCGACCGGAGGGGGAGCGGCCGCGUGUUCGCCGCGCGACACCGCGCCCCACACCCACAUCAGAUCCCGGUAGAACCCGGGCAGUUCCCGCGGGGUGGCUCGGCCGCCGCCCGCCGCCGGGAGACGCGCCCCCUCCCGGAGGCAGCGUCCCCGGCGGAGGAAGUAGGUGGCCAGCGCGUGCCACCGCGGGGGAUUCUCCGCGUACAGGUACCUCUGCAGCGCCGGGAGGCGGAGGGCCGCCAGCUGGGUGCGCACGCACACCAGCGACUGACCCCCCUCCACCGACGGCAGACUCAGGACCGCCGCGGAGACCCAAUCAUUUUCUACGAGGGCAAAUGUUUCACUGGCAGAAAGCUGGAGGUGUUCGGAGACUGCGAUAACUUCCAGGACCGGGGCUUCAUGAACAGAGUGAACUCUAUCCGGGUGGAGAGCAGUGCCUGGAUCUGCUAUGAUCACCCUGACUGCAAAGGGCAUCAAUAUAUCCUGGAGCGAGGGGAGUACCCCGACUUUCACCGAUGGAACGCCCACAACGACCACAUGGGUUCCUGCCGGCCUGUUAAGAUGCACGGUGAACAUUACAGGAUAGAGCUGUUUGAAAACUGCAAUUUUAAUGGCCAGUGCAUGGAGUUCUGCAAUGAUUGUCCAUUCCUGCAAGGACAAGGCUGGAACAAAACUUGUGUCAACUCAAUCAAGGUCUAUGGUGAUGGAGCCUGGGUUUUAUAUGAGGAGCCCAACUACCGGGGAAGGAUGUAUAUCGUGGAACGAGGGUACUACCAUUCCCACACAGAGUGGCAAGCACAGAAUGGCAACGUCCAGUCCAUGAGAAGAGUGGUCAACUACUUUUAGUGAGGCACGUUCUUUCUUCCAUCAAUAAUA